CUUGGGUGAAAAAUUGUUGAUGAAAAUAGAGUUUACUUUUUUCAAAGUCGCAAAAGUGUAUUGAAAGUUAAACAAGUUGAUUUAACCUGUAUAACUAACCAGUUUUUAUCUUCUUUUUCUCAUUCUCUUUUAGAUUAACUUCGCAACUCUGUCAUCAUUAUUAUCAACACAACAGCACCACCAACAACAACAACAACAAAUACAGCAACAAGAUGAAACAUAACUUCGAUUAACCUUCUUCUAGUGUCAUCAUCAUUACCUAUUUUUCUCGACUUCUUCUUAUUAUUUCUAUUACCUUUUCUAUCAUUUUUCAUUAUUAUCUCUCCCUUUCACUUGAAUAGCUUCUUUUCACCAACUAAUUAUUUGCAUCAAUUGUUUCCAUUCAUAAAGACCAAACCUUUUCAUGUUUUCAACUAAAACUUUCACCGUUCAACAGGUUCACUGAUCAUCUUCACCAUUUACUACCAUCAUUAUCAUUAUCAAUUCGUCAAGUGUUGUCACAUUCUUCAUUUUCGUCAACUCGUCAUUUUAGAUUGUUUUUAGGUUUGGCUCCUCACCAUUCAACACAUUCAUCAUCAUCCAGUAGUGGCAUUACUUUUUUACUUUAAACCAACAGUUACUUUCAAAAGCUGCCAACAUUAAGCUUACACAGUAAUGUCCGUUGUGUGUCGAUCAUUCAGGCAAAAUGCCUGGAAAAAAGAUCUUUGUUCUGAUUGUUUCCGUCCAGAAAAUGAUCAUCAAAUGGUUGAUGUCCAUGUCAACUCUAAUGGUCCCAACAUAGUUAAUACAACUGAAUGGAGUGGUAAAGUUCAAGCUUUACAGUCAACCAAGGUUAACCUAUCAGAGUUGAAGAAAAAUGGGAAUACCAAUGGAUACAAUAAAGUGAAUAAUAUAAAUGGUAAUAAUAAUGUGAAUACCUACAAAAUAUCAGCAACAUCAACACUACCCGCAAAUACGGAUGCUGUUAAUGAAAAUAACUUCAACAAUGGUGAUAUUUUCAAUGGUAAGAUUGCCAUGCUUAACCAACGUAAUUUGGAUAAAUCUGAAGACUUGUAUGAUAAUGUGAAAAAUUCAACAAACGGCCAUAACGAUAAAUUUAAUGGUAAUUGCCAAACUAAUAAAACACAGACGAUAAGAUUAAACUCUAUGCCUUUGGUACACAAGGUUGUUGGAAUUCUUAAAGUAAAGAGUGAAUCAGGUGAACAAGCGCGCAAAGGAUCAGUUCAAUUUAAAUGUGAACCUAUUGUCAUUGGUUACUGUGAUGAUGAUGACUCGGGAAAUGAAGAGGAAGAAGAGUUUGAUUAUAGUGAUUACAAUCCAGACGAUGAUGAUGAUCAUUCAGAAGAGGACUCUGAAUUUUCUCGGUUAACUGCUUCCAAUACGAGGUUUAACUCUAUUGGAGCUAAUCUUCGCGAUGCCAAAAUACUGCAAACAUUUGGUCAAAUAAACAAUCAAAGUGUUGGUAUAGCUUUCCGAAUUGGUGACUUUAAAUCCGAAACAAGGAAACAUGAUUACGAUGAAACUUUAAUUGGAUGUAACAGAGUCUCAGAGUUGAUUGGUGAAGAAAAACGUGGUAAACUGACUAAUGGGUCAAAUGGUAACUCUACUAUAGCUAAUGGAACCAACAACUUGUUAUCAACAAAAAACGGUUCUGGUGAUAAUUACAUCAACAACAAAAAGAAUGUAGAUGGUGACGAGUUGGUGAAGAAAAGUAAUGGUGUUAAUGGAAAUAAUAAUCUAACUGAUCAUGAUGGGUCAAAUGGCAGGCCCGACGAUAAUGUGAAAAGAAAUGCUGGGAACAUGAAUAACAACAACAGCAAAGACAAUAACUCAACAUUGCCAAUCGUUCCUAUUACUUUAAACUCUAAUACGGUUAACUCUACAAUAAUUAGCAGUCCUAUGAUAUCAACAGUUUCAUCUUCACAUGUUAAUAAUACAAAUACAACAACAACAUCAUCAUUAACAUACAGUUCUGGUAAACCUUUAGAAACAUCAAACACCUCAACAAACAAAGUCAACAACACACCAGCCUCCGCAAACACCAACAAUGCUACCAUUCCUGACAAUACCAGUGAUACUGUUAAUAAUGAUACAUCAAACAUUAUGGGUAACGGAGGGUCCUUGAGUUUUAAAGCGACUGAUUCUUCAGCCAAAUAUAAUACCACCAAUAAUAGUCUGAAAAGUGAAAUAAGUAAAACAUCACAAUUGACUACGCCUUUAGUCCUAAUUUCAUCAACCCAUUGUACCACUGUUGUAACCAUUACAACAACUACAUGUUCGUCAUCUAAUAAACUUAAUUCUGUUUCUACUUGUGCGCCACAUCAGACGACGCCAUCGUCAUUGUCUUCUGUAUCUUCUGCAUCGCCAAUAGUCACCAUUGCUCCUAUGAAAUCAGAAGCUGUGAAUGCCAAGGAAAAGUUGACAUGCAAAUCAUACCAAGAAAGUUCAGAUGAUACUAAUGGAAAUAAAUCAAGUUACAAUAAUGGGGAAAAUCAAUCAACCACUGUAGCAGAUUCUCAUAAUGAAUUAACCUGUAUAAGUUUACCUGUAACUAACGGAAAGUUGACUCAAUUAGAGAUUAAUGAUGAUUACUCAAUUGAUCCCAGGAAAGUUGUGGGACCUGAAAUUGAAUACACAUCAAGUAAAACUGUUGACGAGACAGAGGUUAUCUUUAUUGGUGGCGGCAUAAACAGACUGUCAUUAGUUUCAAAGGAUGAUCAGGUGGAAAAUGAAUUAUACUUUGAAAAUAGAGGCGUUAAUAGAAAAAAAUUGGAAUCAAUUGACAGUGAAAUGAAAUCAAAUGAUGAUCCUGAUGUUGAUGAUUGCUCUUCUACGACUGAUGUAGCCGAUUCUGCUGUGUCAAAUGUUUUUACAUCAACUGAUGAGGAUGAUGAUGAUGAUAACGAGCAGAGAAACGAUCAAAAUGACAAUAAUGAGGUUAACAAUGAAGUUAACGAUGAUGUUGUAAUAUCAUCCGUAUCAUUAACUUUAGUCAACAAAUUCAAUGAUACUAGAGAAGAAGAACGAUGUUCUGAAAGCAUCGAAAUUUCAGCCAACAUUAACAACAAUAAUAAUUUAACCACUAAUGGUAAAAUUAAUUCAAUUAAUGAUGAAAGGAGUGAGAUACCCAAAAAACCGGAAAGAACAUUGAAAUCAUUAAAGCCCAAAAUACCAUCUAAACCAUUUUCAUUGAGUCAUGGUAAUAAGGUCAAUGAUGAAGAUUAUUUUUACGGUAAUGGCAUUGAAACCCAUUUAAAUAGUAAUGAUAACAGUGACAAUACUAAACAAUUUAGUUGUGACAAUGGUUUAAAUAACUCGGUUGUCGAUCAAUUUGCUCAAUCAAAAAGUGAAAUCAACUCAACCUCCUGGGAUAACAAUCAUCAAUCAAGCCGAGAAUUGCGAUUAGCUGAAUUGGCCCAAGAAUUGGAAUCGGUACGUCACCCAGGCAAACGUCAAGCUCCUAUCCCACCGCCAUCGACCCAUGAAGUUUCCGAUAGACAGGCCAAGUUUAAUACUCUCACUAGAUCAGGUUUACCUGCUCCACCGCCUCGCCCACCUCCACCUUCUGGACUUAAACACAUUGUUAAUGGAGUUACCAAUGGUUAUCAUGGAUCAAAUAUUUUUCACUCCAAUGGAAACAGUAAUAACAAUAGUGGAAGCACCAAGUUUUCACUGAAAAAAUUGUUGAAAUUAUCCAAGGAUGACAAUGAUUUGGAGCACAAUGGUGAAUCAAUCAGUGGAAAGAUUUGGAAACACAAAUUUGAUUUGGAUAGACGUAAAAGUAGUCCAGGUCAUAAUGUUGACUCUCAAGAUCGAUCAACAUCAGGAUCUUAUGAUGUUAACAGAUCAUCUUUUUAUGGAAAUGGUCGAGAACGAAGUUACUCUCUGAGUGGAAACUCUUGUUUACCGCAACCUCAGCAACUCUUGCUGAACCAACAGGCUCAACAACAGCAAAAUAAACCCAACGGAUUUCGUCCUGUUGUUCCUGCUCGUCGUAGUCGAUCAAAUGAUGUAAAUCUCAAUAACAAUGAUAAAAAUUCAAUCGAUAGUCAAAUGUUAAACCGUUUAAUCACUUCAUCAACAAAUGGUUCUUUCCAUUGUAAACCAAUUGGAAUAUCAACUCAAUCUCAGCUUACUAUUUCACCUGUAUCUUCACCUACUAGUUCAUCCCUGUCAAACAGUGUCUCCUCACCCUCACCGCCAUCAUCAUCAACCUCACCUUUACCUAGAUCAACCACUAGAUUAUCAUCACAAUCAGACUUGAUCUUGACCAACCUUAAUCUAGAUUCCGCCUACACUGUCAUAGCUAAAUAUAAUGCUGACACUUUGAACCGUAUACUCCAUAAUUAUUCAUUAACUCAUCAAUCAUAUAAGAAUAUAUCCAAAAAAGAUCUUUUCUACGAAUCUUUUCGCUUGAUUGGACCUGAAUCGAAGAUAUACAAAGAUGCUUACCUUAAAAGCGAAACUAUAUCAGCCAAUUUUCUGGUCACUCCUUUGGCUUACUCAAUUCGCUCCGAAGUCUCUUUUGAUCUUAAAUACGGCCAAUUCAUUGAUCCCGAUGAGAAUGUCAAAAUGUUUGCCCUUAAACCAGAAUUUGACUUGAUUAUUACCCUUGAUCGACUUUUGGAUGAAGAUUCUUCAGAGCUUACUGGAAGCUUGAACUUGAAAAAUGCUGCUUUCAUUAUUCUUCAAUUUAUCAGUUUACUCAAAUAUUACCAAGCCAAUGGAAUUGAAGGAGUUAAUGAAGAUCAAUUAAAGUUAACUAUGUUAUGUUGUAAUAAGAAACAGACAACCAACAACAUGUACUUGAUUAGUCCUUCAUUUGAUUAUGUCUCCAAUGUUACAAAGCAUUAUUCAGAUUCGUCAACAAGCUUAUCACUUUGUAAAUGUGUUAAAGUAUUAGUUAGAAAUUUGAGACGUAAAUUGACUAAAUCUGAUGAUCUUUUAACAUUGGUGGAAGACAUUUUGCAUGAAGAGACAUCUUCUUCCCUAACCAUAGCCAAAUCUUUGUGUGAAAUCAUUUUAUUUGAGGUUCCAUUCAAUUUUGAAUCACAAGGAACUUUGGAACUGUGGUUGGAUAUUCAACGAACCAAAUUUAUUAAUUUGUUAAACUAUGAGACUGAAAAGGAGUCAGCAAGCCACAAAACUGUCCAUAAUUACUAUUUUAUGUUAUUUUUAACUCGAUCCAAUUUAAAGAUUCUAUUUCAAUGUAUUAAUCAAGUUAGAGGUAAACUUUUAUCCCUUUCUUGAACAUUCAAUUAUAAUUUUCCUACGUUUUUCACCAUAUUUAACCUUUUACUUUUGCUUUUUGGUCAUUGAUUGUCUGAUGUUUAUAAAAAGUAUUCAAGUAAUCUUAACAUGUUAAUAUUUUUUAAAAAAAAUUGUUCUGAGUAAUUAUCUGUCAAUCCAAAUGAUUUCAUUGUUCAGCCUUAAUGAGCACAAUGAAUACUGAUUUCAAUUAUUUUCAUCUGAUGAAAUGCUAUCGAUUUUUCACUAAUUUUUACCAUUCAAUGUCAAAUUAAUAAAUUUUCUUGUUACAUUGAUGAUACAUUGAUGAAAAUAAAAGCUAAUUUCAUAU